AUGACCGCCAUACGGGACACUGCCCAAGAGCUAGGCGCCAUCUCCUGGACCCUCCUCGCGCAGGAAACCCAACUUAACAAAGAUGACCCCACCCUGGCAAACCUUGGACCCAUUUACGAAUCCAUUUACCAGGAGGAGGGCGUCCUCAUGUACCAAGAUCGAGUGGUGGUCCCCCCGUCCGUACGUCAGCGGGUACUCCACAGCCUGCACGCCGCUCACCAAGGAACCUCAUCGAUGGAACAGCGGGCCCGGUCCAUCGUAUACUGGCCUGGCAUGUCGAAUGACAUACGUGUCACCAGGGAGAAAUGCCACGACUGUAACAGGAACGCGCCGUCACAGGCCAGAACCCCCCCUCUUCCCACUGCGCCACCAUCAACCCCGUUCGAAGCAGUGUUCGCCGACUUCUUCGACUACAAAGGUUACCAUUACCUCGUCGUAGGAGAUCGCCUCUCUGGCUGGGUAGAAGUCUUAAGUUCCCCAGCCACAACCAACCUUGCAGGAAGCACAGGAUUAAUUCGCCACCUCCGCACCUUCUUCGCCACGUUCGGCGUACCCGAGGAGCUCUCGAGUGACGGAGGCCCAGAGUUCACCGCCAAGGCUACGGAGGACUUCCUACGCACCUGGGACGUCAAACAACGUCUGUCUUCAGUCAGCUUCCCACAGUCCAACGGCAGGGCCGAGGUGGCAGUUAAAACUGCAAAGCGUCUACUGCUAUCCAACACUGGUCCCACGGGAAGCCUUGACCAGGACCGAUUCCUGAGAGCCAUCCUACAGCUGCUGAACACACCCUACCAGGACUGCAGUUUAUCACCGGCCCAGAUCAUUUUUGGGCGCCCCCUGAGGGACACACUCGCAUUUGUCAACCGCCUGGAUAAGUUCUCCAACCCCCACAUACGACCCCUCUGGCGUCAGGCAUGGGCGGCGAAGGAGGACGCACUCCGAACGCGGAUCUCCCGCACAACAGAGUCCCUCAGAGAGCACGCGCGACCCCUCCGCCCCCUCGCCAUCGGCACAAGAGUCUUCCUGCAGAACCAGCAGGGCCCUAACCCGAACAAGUGGGACAGAUCAGGGGUAGUCGUCGAAGCAGCAGGACACGAUCAAUACCGUGUGAAGGUAGAUGGCUCCGGACGCGUAACACUACGAAACCGCCGCUUCCUACGUGCGUACACACCAGCCUUACCAACCAUACCACAGGCGCCGUCAGGGGCCCCAGCAAAGACGCCAUCAAUGGCUCCAGCCGCCCCAUCCCCGCCCUCUCAAACAUGUCACCAUACUAAUAGGACGGCGACACCAGCCACCACACCAGGUGUUCCCACCCCUGACCUCGCCACAGCCGCCCUAGCACUACAAGUAUCGCCUGAAGAACCUGACGCUGCUGAAGCGAUGACUCUGCCAUCCCCACCCAACGCAGCGGCACGCCCCCGUCGCACCAUACGACGACCCAAACAGUUUGAACCUGAGACAGGGACAUGGACCGAAUGA